AUGUUAAGCUUUAAGAGGGAUUUUGGAGAUGAGGAGGCAUACGCUGCUGUUAUAGAGCAUAGUUAUGCGGUAAUUCUAACAGAGAAAAGUACUAUGGAGGUUGCGUUGAAGGAUGGUUUGGAAAAAUUCCCUCAUAGUGUGGUCCUGAAUGAGUGGAUGGAGAAAACGAAUGAACUUUUCAAGGAAGUGUUUGAAGGGGCAGGUAAUAAAAAAGUGCAUGAGCCUGACUGCUUUAAUGAGGUAAAUAUGAAUGAUAUAGGUGAUGACGGUGAAGGAAAUAGUUCACCCGUUCGAGGAUUGAUAAUUACUGAAGUUAAUACAGAAAAAGAAGUCAAUUAUACUACACCUGUUGAUACAACUUCUUUAACAAUGACUCAGUUUCAUCGAUUUCCAGGGGUGAAUGAGGAAAUGAUUAAGUUGUUGGAUGAAACUGAGUUACAGGUGUAUAGAAGGAAAAAGCGAAUGCCAGUAAUCAGUGGGGAUAAUCUGGUAGGAAGAAAUAUAGGAGAAGCUGUUGAUAAUGCUGCAAGAUAUGAUGAUAAUGACAAAAGGGAAAAACUUUCGAGAUUUUUCUUCGAUACAACUAUUGUGACAGAAGAUAUAUUGAAUGAGCUAAAGUCGGAAGAUAUGAAAUGUAGGCUUUUUGCUACUUUAUUGCGAAUCUACACUAAGAAAUUUGAUGUGAAGCAAAGUUUUAGAGAUGUUGCACUUUGUACAAGUUUGUACUACAUAGUAGAUCAUGUGAAGAGAACAGGAACUUUGGAAAGAAAGUAUGGCAUGAUUCCAAACCUGGUGAAAAAACUGUUUUGCAACUACUUGACAUCACAACAUCAUCCAAUGGCAAAAAUGUUAACUUUUAAAGCGAGACGGGUGAUGAACAUAUCUUGGCUAGUCGAAAAACCUGGAACAGAAUGUGGAAUAUACCUCAUGAGGCACAUGGAAAGUUACAUGGGGGAAAAUGAAGGGCGUUGGGAGUGUGGUCUUACAGGUAAAAUGCCUGCUGAUGUGAGUGCUACAACUAAGUUAAGGACGAAAUACAUGGUAAGAUUGUUGACAACUGAGUUCAAUAAGUUCAAGACUAUGAUAGUUAAAGAUUUUGAAGCGUUUCGUAAGCUUGAUAUUUUGGAACAAGAUAUGCUUCUAAGAGAGUCAACUGAAAACAGGAAUAAAAAAAGAAAACCAAAGGGUCGUAGGUAA